UCGGAUAAUGGCUGAAAAUAGUGCCGUAUUACAUUUCUCAUCCAAUCGCUGUAAAGGACUACUUGUUAUUGAACAUUAUCAAAGUAUGUGAAAAGGUCUCAAAUGCGCAGUUAUUCCCGCCAAAUAUACUACAAAACAUAAAGGUAGCACAUGUUUAGUGAGUAUUUGAUGAAUAGUUUACUUAUAGAGACGAAUGUGAAUAGACAUAUGAAUUAGCAUACAUUUUGCUAAAAUGCCUAGGGAUAGAGAUCCCAACAAUAAUGUCCCUGAAAAUAGCACUUUACUGCAGACAGAUUAUGAACUGCAUGACAGUGAAGGGUAUAUGGUACCAUCGGAUGCCAGAUAUGCAAUUAUAAAAGAUCCGCCAAUUAAUCAGGACACUUUAGAGCAAUAUAUUUAUUCAUACGCAUCGUGUGCUGAUGUGCAGGAAGACUGUCAACGUGUUCACGAAAACCUUAGAAAUGCGCAGAAAACCAAUGGAUAUGAUAAGGACAAUUAUAGAAAUAAGCAAAAGAACAGUGAUAAAAAUAGGGAAUCACCAACCUAUUCAACUGAGAUCCAAGACUCUGUGACAGAAAUGGCAUACACAGAGGGUUUAACAUCCACCACUCAGACACAAAAACACAGUACUACUGAAGAUUUAGUCCAAACUAUACCCAACAAUUCCAAGGCUGAUUACGAGACACAGACAACAAAACAGUUCAUGUGCAAGUUGUUUCCCCAUGUGCUUCCAAAACUGUUUCCUGAUCCUUCCCUAACCACAACUGCAGACCAUGUCGUCACUCAUACUGAAUUAAAUAACUUUGCUACAGAUAGCAAAAAUAUUGCAUUGUUUGACAUGCUACGUAGGACCAAAACUGAUGAAAUGCAAGAAUCUACAACUACUGAACAACAAUUUGAGAAAACUGUGAUGGCUGGACUUACAAAUGAUGCUGGUGCAAAACAUACUACGAGUUCCAUCAGAGAAACAAAGGGACAUAUGUGCGGUCCUUUUCCACAUGUGUUACCAAAGCUAUGUCGUAACUAAAGAGCCUUAUAUAUUAAAACAAAGCGAAUGAGAUUGUCAAUUAGAUUGUUGAG